AUAUGUGCCCUGUUAUAUGUCAAAAUAAUUGAAUUGUUAACUAGAAAGGUUAAUUACGUCAAUAUACUGGAGAAAAAUCUAGGGAAUAUUGAGGCCGGAGUAUGCAACAUCCCUGUUCUCUUUAAAAGCCCUCAAAUCCAUCAUAAGAUCAAGAGAGACUGCAGGGGUGAAGAAGCAUGAGUUCUAAGGAACGAAAGAAAGCAGCUCUGUAUCAGAAAUUGCUGCAACUUCGUGCUGCCACCAAUUCCAGUGAUCUGAACAAAACUUCAAUUAUUGUUGAUGCAUCCAAAUAUAUCAAUGAGUUGAAGUGCAAAGUGGACAUGCUGAGCCAAGGCGUUGGAACUUCCCAGAAUUCGAUUGCCCGAAAUCCAUUACCCGCGGUAACAGUUCAAACCCUGGAAAAGGGUUUCCAAAUUCAUGUGUUGUCGGAAAAGAAAUGCCCGGGUUUGCUGGUCUCCAUUCUCGAAGCCUUUGAGGAACUGGGCCUCGAUGUGCUGGAUGCUAGGGUUUCUUGUUCAGACACUUUCCAACUAGAAGCUGUUGGAGAAGGGGCUGAUAGCAUAGAUGCUCAGGCGGUGGAACAAGCAGUCUUGCAAGCUAUUCAAACUUGGAGCACAAGUAGUGAGCAAGAUUACUGACCUAUAUUUCAUACGUAUUGUAUCUUUUGCUGCACUUUCUACCCCUUUGUUUCUUUGUCCUAUCCCCUAGCUAUGUUCCCCUCUUCCGCUGGGGCCAAUGAACUGUUCAAGUAAUCAUCUAGUUACAAAUGUUAGCUUAAUUAUAUUAGAUAAUGUCGGAUAAUCAAUGCGCUCAAGUAGGCCUUUGUAAAAACAAAAUAUCAUUUGUGAAACUUAUUAAAUCAUUCAUCAUGCA